GAGAUGAAACAAAGAGCACGAAACUCUGUCGCGCCAAGCUCUCUGAGUUGGCAGCAGUGCUUCAUCACUAGUAUGGCUACCCGCAGUGUUGGCAGGGACUCCGAGGAAAGCGUUUCAGUGAAUUAACGCAUGCCGUGAAGGAAACAUCCAUUCGGAAAGGUGAUUGAAGUCUAUUGGACAGCAUGCCAAUCAGCAGAUGACUGUAGCUGAUAUCAGUCUUGCCUAGCAUCAUGAGUGAGGUGGCUGCAGCUUUGGCUCGUCAGCCUGAUGCUGCUCUGCUGAAACGGCAGAAGCUCGGCUGCUCAGCCUCCAUCAAUGUUCCACCAGUACAUGGACGACCCUCCCCCAACCCUGCUCAGCUACAUGUGCGGACAAGAUUAUCAAAUCAUCAAAGGAACCUUAGCCUGGAUUUCAGGUCAAUGGGGAUACUUCUCCCACCUGUAUCUCAAGUAACUACAGUGGGCCCAACUCUAACUUCCCACCACCGAAACAGAAGUUUGGAUAGUGCAUUACAACGGAUACCUGAAGUUGAUGUUACACCAAGUCCAGAAUGUGAGACAGACCGCACUGUUACUAGCAGAGUUCCAUGCCAUGCAACUGAAAAACCAUGUACUAAUCCAAAGCCAAGCAACAGAGAGGACCUGGCUAGCCUAGGGUCAGAUGAUUCUGGGAUUCUGUGUGGCUCUGACAGUGAUGUGAACACGGCAACAACCCGAGAGUCAAGUGUUGAGCAGCUUACUGCACAUAGUAGAGAGAGCCUCAGUGAAAGAGAAGCAAGACUCAGUGAUAGUGACCACAGUAGAGGAAGUUUCAGUGAGAGAGGAACUCGACCUAGUGAUAGUGACCAUGACAUGGAAGGGGAUUCGGACCAUGCUGAGGGUGUUGAAAAUGAAAGGGAGUACUGUGGUGGUGAUGCUGAUUACAGUUGUGAUGAGACAUCAGAAUGCUCAGUUAUAAGGGCAUCUGAGUCUUGUUUAGAAAUUAUCAACCCCCCACCAGAAGCAGCCAAAAGCUUUUUACUGAGGCUUUUUGAGUCAAAACUCUUUGACAUGACCAUGGCCAUCACUUACCUCUUCAAAUCAAAAGAACCAGGAGUACAAAGUUAUAUUGGAAACAAAAUGUUCAGUUUUCCAGAUGCUGAUGUAGAUUUCUACUUGCCUCAACUGGUCAGCAUGUACAUUCAAAUGCAUGAUGUUGCUGAAGUCAUUCACCCUUAUCUUGUUCAUAGAUGUCGUCAGUCAGCUGACUUUUCACUGAAAUGUGCAUGGCUUCUUGAAGCUUACUGCUCAGAUGCACCAGUACCCACCAAAAAGAAAUCACAUGGUACAAAGCUUAAGAGUGCUAUUCUCUCAGACCAAUACAGACCAAAUUCUCAAGAGAGAAGGUCAAGACCGAGUGUUGUUGGAUCAGCCUUUGACCCUUCUCAAGUGCCAUUACCUCCACCUUUACCUCCUCUUGGUGUGUCAAACCUUACAUCUGUUAGCAAGAAAACACAUCAAAGGUCAAGGUCUGAUGCCACUGGUCUCAUUCAAAGUAGUCGAAGAGUUCUUGGAGCUGCCUGCAACAAAGUUUGCCUUGGUGAUUUGAGUUCAGGUCGUGCCUUUGAAAAUGGAUGUACUUGCUUUGAAUCCUGCCUUGGUGUAGUAAAUGAUCUGAGGGGUAGAAGAACUCACUGUUCCUGUGAUGCACCAAGAUUAGCACCUCAAUUAGAAUUUGUAAAAAGUCUUAUUUCAAUUGGGAAACUCUUAAGUAGUAUCCCAACAAAGGAGGGAAAAACAGCCCGUCUCAUGGCCGAACUCAAUAUGCUCAAUCUCAAUCUUCCUGCCAGAGUAUGGCUACCAAUCCACGCCAAUAUUCCUCAUCAUAUUGUGCGAAUUCCACCACAGGCAGCUGCUGUGCUCAACAGUAAAGACAAGGCUCCUUAUAUUUUGUAUGUAGAAGUUGUUGAGGUGGAAGAUUUGCACACAUCACCCGUCCCCCCUAAAGCCAUGUCGUCUUUGAGGCACACUCGCUCUGAAGAGAAUAUAGCUGGUGCUAAUGAUACUGCAGUUGAACGCCCUUCUAACUGUGGAGCAUUUAGCAUUUACAGUAGUCCUGAUGAAGAAACAACUGGAGAUUGUUGGAGUCAGGAAGACGACGAAAUAUCUCAACAGUAUACUCAGUUAAGAAGGCCUAUGGAUAGAGAUACCAUAUCUCAGCUCUCUCAAGAGUCAAGUGAUUCACGGGAACCUCCAGUUUUAAUUGCUGCUGGUGAAAUUAGGAGACGUCUUUCAGAAUCUCUUCAUGACUCUCAGAGGUCAACAUUCACAAGAGAUGCAGAGGAUCCAUCUGCCCAUGUCUUAAAGGAGCCCUGGGAGGAAAAGGAAGCUCGUGUGAGGGAAGCUUCACCGUAUGGUCAUUUGGCAUCUUGGAGAUUACUUUCAGUCAUUGUUAAAUGUGGAGAUGAUUUGCGGCAAGAGCUUCUUGCAUCCCAGCUACUUUCCAUGCUCCAGAGAAUAUGGGAUCAGGAAAGAGUUCCUCUGUGGGUCCAACCGUACAAGAUCUUAUGUUUGUCUAACGAUUCCGGUCUUAUUGAACCAGUGCUCAACACUGUGUCUUUACACCAAAUUAAGAAACACUGUCAACUUUCUCUUUAUGAAUACUUUCUAAGAGAAUAUGGCCCUCGGAAUUCAGAGGAAUUUCUAACAGCUCAGAGAAACUUUGUUCGGUCUUGUGCUGCAUACUGCCUUAUCUGCUAUUUAGUACAAGUGAAAGACAGGCACAAUGGUAACAUCCUGUUGGAUAGUGAAGGCCAUCUGAUUCACAUUGACUUUGGUUUUAUUUUAUCAUUAUCUCCUCGAAAUUUGGGCUUCGAGACAUCACCUUUUAAACUUACUUUGGAGCUCGUUGAAGUCAUGGGAGGCCUUGGCUCAGAUAUGUUUGAGUAUUUUAAAAUAUUGAUUCUUCAAGGCCUGGUUGCUGCUCGCAAGCAUCAUGACAAAAUUCUCUCUCUUGUAGAAAUUAUGCGUUCAGGUUCUCAAUUGCCUUGCUUUAAGUCUGGUGCAGCCACAGUACAAGGACUGAAAAAUAGGUUCCACCUCAAUCAGACUGAGGAGCAGUUACAGCUCCUGGUGGAUGGUCUUGUUGAAUCUUCGAUUCAUUCACUUUCUACCAAACUCUAUGACGGCUUCCAAUACCUCACCAAUGGCAUUCUCUAAGCAUUGGAUUACAAAAGUUAUUCCCAGUGAAGGGACUGUUAAGAAAAAUAACAUCUCUUCCAAUCGGCUCCCUCUGAGAGGGUUGUGAAUGUUCCUUGCGCUUCGCAAACACAGACUUUUUCAAAAAGGACGUCCUUUGGUCGCCCAACUGAUCGACUGAGUGUUUUUUACUCUGUUAACAUUGUAUGAUUUGUAGAUUGUUUUGGAAGGAAUGAAAAACUGAAUGUAGAUACUUUCAACUUCCAAUUUGUCAUCCUGUUUGUACAUAGAUAUCUCUAAGUGAUUAAGCAAUAUUGUGAAUUAUUGUAUUAUAGUAAUAUAUAUACUGUAUAUGUAUAGAUAAUUAUGUAUUUUGAAUGAAACCGAGCCAGCUUGUCCUAUGCAGUGAAGCUGUACCUUGGUGUCAGCUACUUUUGUAAAUACGUGGAUGCUGCCUUUGAUGCUCUUCAUUUUAUUUAUGAGUUCUCUUUUCUUUUAUUUCAGUGGCAGAUGUUUUGGCUAGCUUUUACCCUAUAACCUAUGUUGCAAAUUAGAAAACAUUGUUUGAUGUUAAAAAAAAAGUAAUACAAAUAAUUGGGGUUUUUGUAUGCAACCAUCUGUUUGCAUGUUGUUACUCAUGUGUUUUGAGGGUGGCCUCAAUAUGAAAAGAUUGAUUUUAUGUAUUGUUCAAUUCAUCUGAUAAUCAAAUUUAAUAUGUCUCUGACAUAAUUGUUUUAAAUUUAAAAUGAUUGUGAAAUUAACUUUUAUCCUUAAAUAGAAGAGCUUUUGUAAGACUGAUGGGCCAUGUGUGAAAUACCACAAAAUGUGUGUUUUAUCAAUAUUUUUUUAUCUCAACAUGUAGUUUAUUUGUGUUCGUGGUAAGUCCUUGACUGUGACUUUCUGUUUCCUUUCCGGUUACUUUCAGCAUAUUAUUUUAGUGUUUCAAAUUAAUUUUUUAUUGUCUCUUUUUCUUACAUUUAUUAUGAAACGUGCUAUUAAACCAUUGUUUAAGAUUUCAUCAUGUUUUGUACUCUUUAAAGCUCGAAUUGUAUUGCUUCUAAAUAUACCUUUGUGGAAGAGUAGACUUUUCCGUCCUCUAGCUCCUCUUAGACAUCUGCAUUUUGUCCAUUCAUCUUAUUCAACCAGUACUGAAGAACAAGAUGUUCUAAAGGCUGAACUAUUCGUCAAGGUUGCUUUACCUGUUCACAUCUUAAAUCAAAAUGUAAUUGGGCAUGGGAUUAGAAUGUGAUCCUGUACUUUUAAUUGUGCAAGGUGCUUCCUGUUAAGCUCUUUCUUGACUGUUACAAUCUGAAGAGUGAGAAUAGUACAUGGCCUAUGGUAUGCUAGUCGUCUUAGCGUCAAGGAAUGCGUUAAGUCAAAUUUUAAGUCAACAGCUUAGAAGCAGAGUUGAACUUUUCUUCUUGAUAGUAUUGGAGUUAAGAAGCAACUUCCCCUGUGUAAAAACAUCACUGGAAAAUCUCAUUCUGUCCCAUGCCUACUAUUGUUCGCCAUAUAUCAUAUUCAUCAAUAUCAUUGUAUAGUGCUGUCAUUCCAUUUGUAUUUUAAAAACUAAAUAUAAUUAUAUGUUGAAAUUCA